AAAUUAAUAUUCCUCCAGACUUAUAUUUUGUACACUUUGCAGUUGAAAGUUAUAGAGAGGCGCUUGUAGUAAGGAGCUAAAUACGUAAACAAAUUUUAUGAACCCCAGGAACAAUAUUUGCCCAGAUGCUGACUUUAUUCUUAGAGGUCAUAGAUUUGAAAUAACAAGUCUUGGUUUUUUAAGCGGUACUUCGCACCUUGUGGUGGGAGAUGUAGGUGGAAAUUUAAGUUUAUGGUCUUUGGAAAGUCGUCGGCUUGUUUCUCGCGCAAGUUUACUCCAUGAUCAUAUUAUAUCCGUAAAGAAUUUCAAGAACAAUCAAAUUUUGACUCAAGGAAGAGAUCAAAAAGUAAAGUUAAUGGAUUUGACUUCAAGCACUUUUGAAAUAAAUUCACCGCUUUGUACUUUUCAAGCAGGAAGUUAUACUUUUUGCGAAAUGGAUGUAGACAGUGAAAACAACUGGAUGAUUCUUCCCGCAGAAAACCCACAUUCGCUUCAGUUGUGGGAUUUGCAACAACGCGAGCCUCUAUGCAUUUUAAAAAGUGAAAAAGAAAAAUUUGGAAUAUGCAUGGCUUGCAGACUGUUGUCUUUGGGAGCUCAACACUUUGCCUUUGCGGGAUAUGAAGACGGCUCGGUAGUUUUAUGGUGCUUGAAAACUCGCAAAAUUUUGCAUCGAGCUCGUUAUUACGAUUCUCCCGUGAUGUCUUUGGAUGUAGCAGCCAAUGGUAUUGGAUUUAGCGGAGCCAGUGGGAAGAAAGUUGUCAAAUUUGCUUUGAAUCAGAAUUUUGACUCUUUUGACUCACGUGGCGAAGUUCAACUCAAAACUUCUGGGGCGAGUAGCCUUUGCAUCCGCCAGGAUCAGAAGUACUUUGCGGUGGGCGGCUUCGACGGAAAAGUGAGAUUGUUUGGGUUCAAAAAAAUGAAGCCUUUGUGUGUUCUUUCCCGCCACGAGCGCGCCGUAACUUCCAUCGAUAUUGCCAGGGCCAAUCAGAAUAGUUCAAAUCGACCAUGGACUAUGGCCUGCGGGUCUCGAGAUAAAACGAUCAGCGUCUGGAGCGUUUAUGCGGACACAUAG